AUGCGUCCUGGCUCAGCAACAACAGCAGGAGAGGAGAAGAGGAUGGCGGAGGAUGGAAAAGAAGAGUCAGCGGCGACUGGCGACUCAGACCAGCCAGCAGCCGGACUGGACAGCACCGUCACCACGAUGGUGGAGGAGGGCUCCACUCUCCUGCGCAGGAUGGAGAUCAGUGUCGCUGAGGCAGAGAAACGCAGCGGGAAAAACUCAGUGAACAUGCAGGAGACGUUCACUGUGUACCUCAUCGAAACACGGCCAAUGGAUGCAAUAGCUGAGGGCCGCAACCCAGCCCCUGACUCUCUGUGGCGGAGAUACAGUGAAUUUGAGCUUCUGCGGAAUUACCUUUUAGUCACCUAUCCAUUCAUCGUCGUGCCGCCUCUGCCUGAGAAGAGGGCGGAGUUCGUGUGGCACAAGUUGUCGGCAGACAACAUGGACCCAGACUUUGUGGAGCGUCGCAGGGUCGGGCUGGAGAACUUCUUGCUCCGUGUGGCGUCACAUCCUAUCCUCUCCAAUGACAAGAUCCUCUACCACUUCCUGACUGAGGAACAUGGCUGGAAGGAGGUGGUGUAUGAUACAGGAUUUCAGGCUAAGGCGGACUCCAGGCUGAGAGCUUUGAGUGCCACCUUCAGGGUGAGGAACCCAGACAAACGCUUUGUGGAUAUGAAACACUACAGUGAUGAGCUGCAGUCUCACACUUCUCAGCUGCUCCGAGCACGAGCAAGGGUUGCAGACCGACUUUAUGGUGUGUACAAGGUCCAUGGGAACUACGGAAGAGUCUUCAGUGAGUGGAGUGCAAUAGAGAAAGAGAUGGGAGAUGGACUGCAGAGUGCCGGUCAUCACAUGGAUGCGUAUGCUGCCUCAAUAGAUGAUAUAUUGGAAGAAGAGGAGCAUUACGCAGACCAGCUGAAAGAAUAUCUUUUUUAUGCUGAAGCCCUCAGGGCGGUGUGUAGGAAACAUGAGCUGACCCAGUUUGAGCUGGAGAUGGCGACGCAGGAUCUCGUCUCCAAGAAGCAGCAACGCGAGGAACUGGCUACAGGGAUUGUGCGGACAUUCUCUUUCAAAGGGAUGACCAACAAGCUUUUUGGUCAAGAGGCUCCUGAGCAGAGGGAGGCCAGGCUCAAGCUGCUGGAGGAGCUGAUAGCAGAAGGGGAAGAAUCCGUCAAGGAGAAAACAGCGGAGUGCGAAGAGCAUGUUGAGGGAGGAUGGGUGGACAUGCAACGCUUCAAAGAGCAGAAAGACAAAGAUUUACGGGAGGCACUCAUCAACUAUGCCAUCAUGCAAAUUAGCAUGUGCAAGAAGGGAAUACAAGUGUGGAGCAAUGCCAAAGAAUGUUUUCUCAAGAUGUAAAGUUGGAGCCAUAUUCAGGAGAGUUUCAUCCUCAGUGAUGCAAAAUCAUGUGUGGACGGUGGGCCUGCAUUAACUUUGAGAAAUGAUGGAAAUCUCUUCUCUCUCAGGGAAGAAAUUGCCACUGCUGGUAGUUUGGGAAUUACAGUAAUCAAUAAUGCAAUUGUUUUUUGUUUUGUUUUGUUUUGUUUUUUUGGUUUUGUACUGCCCUAUGUGGAGCUGACUAAAUAAUUUUCAAAUAGUGAGAUGUAAAUAAUCAAGCAGUUGCAUUUGUAAAAUCAACCAACCAAAAAAAAAAAAAAAAAAAAAAAACACCAAACCCAGCAGUCAUAGUGGUCCAAAAUGCAAAAAGCUUGUGUUGGUAACUUUAUAGAGUGGGUGGACUUUCAUCAAAGAUUUGAACUCAAAGACCUCAAACAGCACCCACCAGAGAAUCAGUACCUCGUUUAAAUCACUCCCAAAUGACAUUAUUGCCCCAGCAGCAGCCCAGAUGAUAGGAUUUUUCUUUCAGUGUGUUUAGUUUGGAUUGGUCCCUUUGCGUAUAAUGGUUCUCAAAAUUAUGACAGUAAAGUUACCUGCUUAAGCUUUAAGGAUUACAGUAUUUUUAGAGUCCCUUUAGGGAUUGAGCACAACACGGCCCUGGUAGAAGGGAGAAAACACACUAUAUUUACAUACAGCCUGGAGUUAAAACAUCUCUACAGCAGCCAACUCAGUCACUCAGGAAGUUGUGUUGGAUCCACAAAGCAUGUAGUUUUGGAAGUACAAUUUACAAAAGUACAUAUUACUCAUAUUACUUGCAACUUUUAAAUUUAGUGUGAGAUGGCAGGAGAAAAUCAAAUCAAAUACCUACAAGCAGGAAUACCAAAAUGUCAUGAGUGACUUCAGGCAGAAUACUGAUGCAAGAGUGUCUUUAAUUUUUUGGUAAGCAGGAUUAGGUCGCCACAAAAAAAAAAAAAAAAAAAAAAAACUGCAAAGGAUGAUUUUAAUCAACUUAAUUACUUCUCAAAUUAUAAUAUGCGAUAAUUUCUUAUCUAUACAUAUAGCAUCUUCCUGAAUCCUGUGUCAUUUUAGUUCAUGUGUAUUGGUCCCUCCUUGCUGCUUCAGAGUGUGUUCUCCUGAUUCCUGUCUGCAGUAUGCUUGGUUAUGGUGAAUGUGGGGCCAGUCUCUCUCUCACAGUGCAGUGUGUAUUGCAUGUGGGAAAAUACGCAUGUGCCGAGUUUUAGUGUAUUCACUGCAGAUCACACGAAUUUGAUGACAAGUGAGGCACACAGCCCUGGCCCCACUACUGUGUCAUUUCAUAUUUCAGAGUUGAUCAGCUAUCCUUCAGCCAGAGGGCCACGCUUGGAAUUCAGCAGUGGCGUUACAGUCGGGAAGAACAGGGCAGACUUUCGUAGCUAAGCUAACUUGAGAAAAUGAAAGAGGUGGAUUUUAUACUCGAGAAUAGGUUUGAAACAGUUCAUUUGGGGGAGAAACUGGAAAUAAGGGGCCUUGGUGACCACCAGCAACCUCAUGAGCCAAGUCUUGCCCCUUUAACAAGGUGGCACUGUGCGUAAUGUGUGCGUCUGACGUAGUAAGGAAAUGUUUUCGGCGUUGUGAGUGCCAUGUGCAGGUGUAGUAGUGGCUGCAGCUGCAGUGAGUGCGGGAGUUGUUUGAGCGAAAUAUCCGUAAGUAACGAGAAAGAUACCGCCCGUGUUGUUUACUGUUGCAGUGUGUAGUUUGUUCACCACUGCACGGCAAGUAAAGUGCGAGUUCCUCGAGCGGAAUUGGCCCGGACUGCUGAAGCUGCGAGCCAGGCUAGGCUAGGCUAGGCUAGGCUAGCGUAGCGCCCGGAGCCCCCAGCCGCGGUUCGGGGCGUGAAGCUGGGAAAGGUAACACAGGGGAAGGUGUCGUCACUCAGACUGCUGGGAAAACUCAUCGCGGGUUUCAAGUCAGAGAAGAACUUUUCCACCUUGAUGGGACAACCGCGACUCAACGCAGUGGCCAUGCUGGUUUCAUCCCUGAAGUUAUGGAAAAGCUUUCCCAGAGGAAGACCCGCCGCGCCGCCUGUCUCUUGAUGUGAGCCCUCAGCGUUGGGGUGAGUGCUGUUACCCAGUGGUUUGUUCUUGGGCUGGAUGCUCCUGCGGGUUGUGGAGAGGCGCGCUCCAGAUCGACCACGUGGCUCGUUCUUUGGAAUGGACAACAGGGGGCGCCGCAGCUUCCAGGAAAAAUAAAAAAAAGCAUAAUGUCAGUUUUGCACAACAGAAAAUA